AUGAAGACCGCUAUUGUUGUGACUUCGGUUUUGGCUACCCUUGCCGCUGGGUUUAACUUUCACAAGAGAAACCCGGUGUCUUACGAGGGAUACCAAGUUCUUCGCGUGAAGACUCUGAGCCAGUUGGCCACCGUGCAGGAGAAACUGGCCUCGAUUCCCCACGAGCAAUGGAAUCACGACGUCGAGACGCACAUUGACAUUGUCAUCUCCCCCGACCAGGUCGAGAGUGUUGAGUCGCUCGGACUGGACUACCGAGUUUUGCACAAGGAUCUUGGCGAGUCGAUCAGUGCCGAGUCCCAGGUUCGCAGCAAGUACAAGCGCGACAUCAACGACCUAUCGUGGUACGACUCUUACCACCCAUACGCAGACCACGUUCGCUACUUUACCGACCUCCACGAGGCGUUCCCCGACAACUCUGAGUUGGUGUACUCCGGUCGUUCAUUUGAGAACAGAUCCAUCCAUGGAAUUCAUCUUUUUGGUGACGAGGGUCCCGGAAAGCCUGCUGUGCUUUACCACGGUACCGUGCAUGCAAGAGAAUGGAUCGCAGCUCCUGUCGUAGAGUACAUCACCCUUCAGUUAAUCAACGCGCACAAGAACGCGACCAACGCUACAGACUCUGUCCUGAACCAAUACGACUUUCAUAUCUUUCCCAUCGUUAACCCUGAUGCUGAUGAUAGUAUUGAAGGCUUCGCUUACUCCCAGGAGGUUGACCGCCUCUGGCGCAAGACUCGCACCCCCCCUCCUCUGAACCAGACCUGCUACGGAACCGACAUCAACAGAAACUGGGAAUACGGGUGGGACGCAAACCCCCUUGGUGCAUCCACUAACUCGUGCGCGCAAGCCUACCGUGGUCAGAAGCCGUCCGACACCAUCGAGAACCAAGGCCUUGACGCCUACGUCCGGAAGCUUCGUGAUACUAGCGGCAUCAAGCUGUACAUCGACUGGCACAGCUACGGCCAGUACAUACUCUCUCCAUUCGGUUCCAAGGAGACGUGGUACGCCCCUGAGCUCGGGAAAUGGACCAAGACCGCCUCUGUGCUCAGCGAGGUGAUCCGUGACAGCUCUGAGAGACGAACAACCUUCACCUUCGGACCCAGUGGCGCUACCCUCUACACCACUACUGGCGCUGCGCCUGAUCACGUCUACGCCAUCGGUGGUGCCGACUUUUCUUACACCAUUGAGCUUCCCGACACUGGUGACUAUGGCUUCGUCUUGCCUCCUGACCGCAUCUUGGGCGCUGCUGAGGAGCAGUGGGAGGGCCAACAGGUUCUGUACACACUUUUGGAUGAGGUCUUCUUUGACGGACUUGGCCCCGCUUAG